CCGUCCCGGCGCCGCUCCGCACGGCCGGACCCGCUCCGCUCCGCCCGCCAGCCCGGCCCCGGCCCCAUCGCCCAUGGGGAGCGCGGCCCGGCGGCGGCCCGGCGGCCCCGCUCGCCCAUAGCCCGGCGGGGCAUGCCCGGCCCCAGGAUGCCGGCCUGGGGGAUCCUGCCCGUCACGCUGCCUGCCUUCACCAUCACCGGCAUGUGGAUCGUAUAUGCCAUGGCACUGUCCAACAACCACAUCUGCCCUGUCCACAACUGGAGUUAUAACCAGUCGUGUGACAUGGACGGCCCCAGCUCCUGCUGCACACUGGAUCACAUCCCCCUGGUCAGCAAGUGUGGCACCCUGCCUCCCGAGAGCUGCUUCUUCAGCCUCAUCUGCAGCCUGGGAUCCUUCAUGGUCAUCCUGGUGGGCCUGCUGCGCUAUGCCCACCUCCUGGAGCGCCUGGGGCCGUCCCUCCUCAACACCCUGGGGCUGGCCACUGGCUGGGUCUGCGCUGCUGGCCUCACCAUGGUUGGCAACUUCCAGGUGGAUCACGCCAAGGUGCUACACUACAUUGGGGCGGGGGUGGCCUUUCCCACCAGCAUGCUGUUCCUGCUCCUGCAGUCCAUCCUCACCUACCGCAUGGCUAAAACCCGAGGGCAGUACUGGACCGGCCACUUACGUAGCAUCCUCACCACUGUGGCCUUCUUCACCCUCGUCUUCAGUGGCGUGUUCUUCAUCCAGGAGAGCUUCGUGCUGCAGCACGUGGCUGCCUUGUGUGAGUGGAUGUUCAUCAUUGAUGUUCUGGUUUUCUACGGCACGUUCACCUUUGAGUUUGGGGCCAUCUCCACAGACACCUUCCUGGUCCUGCUGAAAGCCAGCCGGGCCCCCAAGAGUUACAAAGGCGAGAGCAGCCUGUCCAGUACGGCCCACAUCCACAGCCAUGUGGAGGGCCUGGCUAUGGCCUGACCCCCACAGGCUGCAGCCCGUAGAGGAGACCCCAAACUGGGCUCUGCCAGUGACUCCCCACCUUGAAUAUCUCUGAAAACCCCGCUGCUGUUUUUGUGUGUGUGUGUGUAUGUGUGUUUGUGUGUGUGUGUGCUUGUGGACCUGCGGUGCCUUCCACUCUCAGCAGGAGCUGUGUCCAGUGCUCCUCUGGCACCUGCUGCCCCUGCAAGAGCUGAACUCUCCCUGCCCACAGGGUUUGGGGUCACUGCUGGGGUGUGGGGAUGCCAACCUGGUGCUAUCAGCAGAGCCAGGAUCUGCCCCUGAGCCUUUGGGGUAGCCUGGUCUGAGUCGGGCUGCUGAAGGCAAUCAUCCUGAGGCUUCCUCCUGUAAGGGACGUGGGGGAACAGGGGGCUCACCCUCCCUUCACCACACAAGCCUGGUGUGCUGGAAGGGGGAGAGUUCUCUAUUCUUCCCUCCUCCACAGGGGUAAGCAAGCCUUUCAGCUGGCUACUGUGACUGUCAGAGGAGCCAGAGUGCCUUUUCCCUUUCUUGGGAAGUGGCUGCACCGCUGGGCUGUCUGCACCCCCAGUGAGGAUGGCAGCAGGGCGUCUCUCCCUGCCUGCCUUCCCAGGUGGGGAUGGUGUCUCACUGCUGCAGGAUGACACCAGCAGCCCCAGCUGGACUGUGCUGACCCAGCCCCCCCACCCUGCGCCAGGGCUCUCACUGCUCAGGGCCUUUUAUGCCAUCAGUCAUGGCUUUUCCCACAUUUUUUCAGCUUUGAGAGUUCCUGAGGCAGGUUUCACCUCCCUGGUCACAGCAUUUCCCUGCUUCCAGCUAGUUUGGGAAGUGAGUCUCCAAAUCUACCAUCAUGCAGGGGAUGUCCUGCAGGCACUGUGCCUGCUGAGCAGGGGACUUCUGCUCUGUGCCGCUGCCAGCUGAAGCUGUCCCAGGGAGUGAAGCCAUGGAAAAGGGAAGCACUUCUAUAGGAUCAGAGGAAGCGUGUGCCCCAUUCUUCUGGGACUCCCAAAUCCGUCCUCUGGUGCCUUGGCCAAUGCCUGCCUUGCAGGAGCUAAUCCCUCAGUCACAGCAUCCUUGGGCUGAGGUGCAGCCUGGGCUGUCCUGGGCAGGGGUUGAGGUGUCGAGGGGUGUGAGUGCUGUGUGUGUAUGCAUAGAUCUACAAAUAUAUAUAUAUAUAUAUACAUACAUACAUAUAUAUAUAUAUAUAAAAUCCCCUUGUCCCUGGAGAGGGGCAUUUACUGUUGCUGCUGCUGUGCGCAUUGAUCAAGUUGGGCUUUCCUAUUUGCCCACCUUUUCCAAACCGGUCUGUAAAUCCGCCAGUAUAUGUAGUUCGAAGAGGAGCCUUUCUGACUUUUGUAUCUAAUAUAUUUUUUAAAAAGUAUAUAUAAAGACGACAGUGAAUUUACAAUAAUAAAAGUGAAAAUCAGC